UGGCUAUUUCCUUACUAUGCAUGUAUAUUUCGAUACUUUUCUUUUUCCAGUCCACAGAAUUCAACACUUCUGUGACAAAGAGGGGUGUUGGAGCUAUUUUUUUAGGCAAAUGUUGAUAUAUAAACAGUUACGGUCUCCCAGAAAGGGACUUUCUCUGUUGGAUAGAGAAGUCUGGAAGAAGACGGAUGAAACUGCAUGUGGGGAAGAAACAUUUAACUAAAUGGGAAUCUCUACUUUUAGGGCAAGGGAGCCAAAAGGUGUAGGUCCCAGGGAAGUUGUAUGCCUUGCUGCACCUGUCACGGUGCUGUACCUCAUGCAUUCUCUCACUUAUCCCCACUUUACUGCAAUGUGGAAAACCAAGGCCUUCGGUUUCAGUGGCACACUGAGGGCAAGGAUGCCCAGCUAGUAAGUUAAGGAGGCCAAAUCUGACCUUGGCUGGAAGUGCUACAGUAGGAAGCCUCUCUCCAGGACCAGCCAGACCAAGCAGCUCACAUCCUUGCCCACCUCACCCUGCAGUGAGGGAACUUGGGCUGCACAGGCGAUAACUGCUCUUGCAGCGUUUGGCUGUGACUUACAAGGGGCAGGCCUUCCUUAUCGCCCUCGCUCCUGAACCCAGCGCCAAGUGGUGUCAGGGAGGGCAGCAGCCCAUCAAGCGGUUACACCCUCAACCACCGAUAAGAUUCCAAACAGCGCCGCCUUUUCGACUGGUUGCUCCUUUCACUCCUUCGAGGUGUGGGCAGUGUUGCAAGAUGAAUUUCCAUUCACUCUGAAAACAGCCGUUCUCGACGCCACUCACAUCGGUCUGCCCUCCUCACUGGACGGGCCGCCCUCUCCCCGUCCCUCCGUCGCGGCCUUCAGCAGGGCACCAUGCCGGUGGAGAGGAUGCGCAUGCGCCCGUGGCUGGAGGAGCAGAUCAACUCCAACACGAUACCGGGGCUGAAGUGGCUGAACAAGGAAAAGAAGAUUUUUCAGAUCCCCUGGAUGCAUGCAGCUAGACAUGGGUGGGAUGUGGAAAAAGACGCACCACUCUUUAGAAACUGGGCAAUUCAUACAGGAAAGCAUCAACCAGGAGUAGAUAAACCUGAUCCAAAAACAUGGAAGGCGAAUUUUCGAUGUGCCAUGAACUCCUUGCCUGAUAUUGAAGAAGUUAAGGAUAAAAGUAUAAAGAAAGGAAACAAUGCCUUCAGAGUAUACCGGAUGUUGCCCUUAUCUGAGCGACCUUCUAAAAAAGGAAAGAAACCAAAGACAGAAAAAGAGGACAAAGUUAAGCACAUCAAGCAAGAACCAGUUGAGUCAUCUCUGGGGCUUAGUAAUGGAGUAAGUGAUCUUUCUCCCGAGUAUGCGGUCCUGACUUCAGCUAUAAAAAAUGAAGUGGACAGUACGGUGAACAUCAUAGUUGUAGGACCGUCAUCCCAUCUGGACAGCAACAUUGAGGAUCAAGAGAUUGUCACUAAUCCACCGGACAUUUGCCAAGUUGUAGAGGUGACCACUGAGAGCGACGAGCAGCCGGUCAGCAUGAGUGAGCUCUACCCUCUGCAGAUUUCCCCCGUGUCUUCCUACGCAGAAAGCGAAACGACCGACAGCGUGCCCAGCGACGAAGAGAACGCCGAGGGGCGGCCGCACUGGUGGAAGAGGAACAUCGAAGGCAAACAGUACCUCAGCAACACGGGCUCGCGGAGCACGUACCUGCUGCCCAGCAUGGCGACCUUCGUCACCUCCAACAAGCCCGACCUCCAGGUCACCAUCAAAGAGGAGAGCUGUCCGCUGCCUUACAACAGCUCCUGGCCCCCCUUCGCGGACCUCCCCCUGUCUCCGUCCGUGACCGCCGCCCCCGGCAGCAGUCGGCCGGACCGCGAGACCCGGGCCAGCGUCAUCAAGAAGACGUCAGACAUCACCCAGGCCCGCGUCAAGAGCUGCUAAGCCUUUGACUCUCCCUGGUGGUUGUUGGGAUUUCUUGGCUCUGUUUUGUGAUUUGUUUGUAUUUUAUUAUUAUUAUUUUUUUUUUCUCUCUGACACCUAUUUUAGACAAAUCUAAGGGAAAAAGCCUUGAUCAUAGAACAGUGAUUGCUGUGUCCAACUCCAGUACUGGAGCUUCUUCUUAACUCAGGACUCCAGCCCAUUGGUAGACGCGUAUUUCUAGAGCCUGCUGGAUCUCCCAGGGCUACUCCCUCAAGUUCAAGGACCAACACCCACACGGGCAGUGGCGGUGCUGCAUUGCCUACGGCCAGGGCCGCCAGCAUGAUGGAGUGGACGCCUCAGAACGGACGAGAAAAUGUGAACUAGCUGGAAUUUUUUAUUCUUGUGAAUAUGUACAUAGGGCAGUCCUAGCGACGCUGCAGUCUGCUUCUGCACCUUAUCUUAAAGCACUUACAGAUAGGCCUUCUCUCGACCUUGCUCUGUCCCUCGGCACGGCCCGCCUCCCCUGUGCUGUUCCCCGCCUCCCACCCCGUCCCGUCCACUUCCUCCCCUCCCCUCCUCUCCCUCCCCUCAGAGCCUCUGUUCUGCAUCCGGAGGAGAAGAAGAAAAUGAACUUCUCCGCAGAUGUCCCAUUUUAAGACUGCUUAAAAAAAAAAAAAUAUUUCUAAUCUGCCAUGCUUGAAUGCCACGCGGUACAAAGGAAAACGAUCAUGGAAAUAUUAUGCAAAUUCCCAGAUUGGAAGACAAAAAUACUCUAAUUCUAACCAGAGCAAGCUUUUUUAUUUUUUAUACAGGGGAAUAUUUUAUUCAAGGUAAAAUUCUAAAUAAAAUAUAAUUGUUUUUUAUCUUUUCUACAGCAAAUUUAUAAUUUUAAGAUUCCUUUUCUUGUUUAUCAGCAGUUGUUAUUACAUCCUUGUGGCACAUUUUUUUUUUUUUAAUUUUGUAAAGGUGAAGAAAAGCUUUUAUGAGCUCAUGUAGCAAUCAGAUUAUCCUGUGGAUUGAUAAUAAAUGAAUAUGAUAUAUAGUUAAAUUUUUAAUGGGCAUCACUCCUGGCUUUGUCUGUGUCUGCUUUGAGAGAGCUCGCUGGUGGGGUAGGACUGACAGAGCACCAUCGCUUCUCAGGGCCCCAGACUCUCUUCCUCGCUGACCACGAGGAACCCUGGAGGUUCCUACCACGGGGCGGCGUGUGACAUCCUCCAGCGAGCACUCACCCCACGCCAGGCCCGGUGCAGGGGGUAUUGCACGCCUUACCUUCUGCGCUCAUCACCGCUGUGCUACAGAAUGGGGAUUUGUCUCCAUGUCGCCUGGAGGAAAUGAAGACUUAGAAUGAAGGUGCCUUCCCUCGGGUCACAGGGGUGAUAAGAGUCCAGGAACAAGUGGAGCCCAAGUCCGGUGUGACUAUGGUUUUUAUUUGUUGUUGUUGUUGUUAGCACAUCCGUCCUUUUAAACAUUUAUCAUCUCUUUGUGUUGGCAACAUUCAUUAGGAAGAAGGGGGUCUUUUUAGGCACUCUACUGUUCGCCCUCUCUGCUGUGAGCAAAUCCCACCCCCUCCGUGUUUGCCUGUUCUUGUCCACAGGCUUAUGCAUAGGACUAGGGUUUUGUGUUUGUGUCACUUACAGAGCACCAUGUUAAAUAGCAGGAGGUAUUUAUUGGGCUCUGACUCCAUGUGAGUCACUUUUCCUCCUGGGACUCGGGGCCUUUGCUUAGGCACUUUCUGGAAAACUUACAGUAUGUCUUAGAGUGAGAAAUGUGACGUCAAGGGCACCAAUCCUCAUCACCUGUUUGGUGUUUCCAGGCCUGGCCUGGAGAAGGCCACUGCGCUAGCCUCUCCUGUGUCCGUGUUGCCUGCACGCUCGGAACACCAAGCUGCCCGCCUGUCACCUCUGGGGGUUGUGGAGGAGACUGCCAGGUUAAUAUUUGAAAAGGUGCCUUCCGUGAAAGGACAAAGGGCUGUUUUUGUGCCUAUCUCCACGUGAGGCUGCGGAUAUAAUUAGCGGUCAUAAACGUCUCCAGCCCUAAACGGAAAUCGGCUGGACCAUCUUCCUGGUGGACGUGUUGUAGCCACACGCCGACGGCAGACUGCUCCUGCGAGGGGCGCUUUUGUUGGUCGUGUUUCUCUCGAUCUCCUAGUAGUGUUAAGGAGGAAGAGAUGCUCUGUGCUGCUCCGUUAAGACCUACUUUUCUCCCAGGUCCUAAAUGGAUGAGUCCAGUUCUUUGUGACUUAUGUCUAAAUCCUUUCACUUAGUCAUCCUGUUUUAAAUAAAUUACCAAAGCAGUAAACCAAAGGUGGCGCUGAGUCACAUGGCCUGGUUAUGAGAGUGUUUAAAGUAGCUCGGGUCCCCUCUCUCUUCCUUCUCCCACACGCAGACGGGGCGUCCAGCUCAGAUCCGGCCUCCUGCGGCAGCUUGUGGGUCCCAAUGCCCUUCCCACCCUCUUCUGCUGCUCCUGUCGUGGUACCAGACUUAGGGAACCUCCCCAGGUGGAAGAAAAUUCAGGAUCUGGAAAUGCACAAUUUAAGUACCAAAGACAAUACUCCAGUGCCAAUAAGGCCAUGAAAAAGAGAAUGAUGUUGAAAAUAUUUCUGGGAAAGGCCAUAUUGUUUCUCAGUGAUGCUUGCCAGGAGCCUAGGAAAAUAAGCUGGUUACACAACGCCUAGGGCUGAGACAAGAUGGGGCAUCUCUUGGACUCAAGCCUCAGACUUUGUUGUUGCUUAGAGGAAGUAACAGGGACACGUGCUUCCAUUGGUUGGCACCUGUGUGAGCUGAUAUGCUUUUAUGAUGGGCUGGGUUGUGUGUGUGUGUGUGUGUGUGUUUGUGCAUGCGUAAGUAGCAGGUUCAGUGUGAUUGCCUUUGGAACAAUAGCUCCAUUCUCUGCAGCCAGUAACCUCGGUCACUCCCUUGAUAACAAGCUCAUUGCACAGCUGUGAACUAUGAAUCCAGUGACAGGUGCUUCCAGCCAGUGGUGAGGUUGCAAGAACCCAGCACAUCCUACACACCUUGACACAAAGGGCUUCUAGAACACCAUUUGCAAGUCUAAAUAAAUCCCUGCUCCACCGUAGCAUUUUUUCCCAUGUUUUGAGGAAGUGACUGCCAAAGGCAGUGUUUAGUCUAUUUAAAUGUAUUUGUAGAGAAGAAGAAAUAUACAUGGAUAAGAAACAUAAAUUCUUUGGACAUCAAAACCUUAAAAUAAUACCCUUUUCUUUUCCUCCAAUGCAAAGUGUACUCCACCAGUACACUGUGUGUGUAACUACUGCUGAGACAGACAUUCUAGGAAUGAGGAAGGUGAGUGAUUUGGCUUAAGGAGUCUGAGUUUUCAAACUUGUGCUUUGGGAACUACUUUGCAUGUGCAUGAAAAAGGUGUUAAGCCCCUAAUGGCCUCCUGCCCCUAAUUCAGAGAGAUGGAACAUUAGACAUUCCUUUUGCUGAGGCCAUUCUUUGGGUAUUGAAUUCCUUAGGCUUUUAAAGCUCUCUCUUAUUGUAGCUUUGGACAAACAGGCCCAGAUCAAAGGUGAAAAUAAGAACCCUACUAUUCUGCCACAUUUCUACUGAAGAAAGACAAGAAGCUAGGGAAAGGUUUGCAAACAGGUAGCCAAGGUGGGUCUCUGGCAGGCAGGAGUCAGAGAUCCCAUGUCUCGGAACCUGUUUUGGUUUGGAAAGAGAAUGGAGGCAGAAGCUGGUUUUUGCCUGGUGGUAUUCAGCCACCUUCCUUAGCCUGAAACCCCAUCCCAUGCCCAGGGCCAGGGCCAUGGGAGCCACGGGGACAAAAAUCCGACCGACUCUCCGGCUAUCUCCUGCCUGCAGUGGAUCCCUCCUAAGGGUACCAGAGUAGGAGUUUCUCUGUCUCCCAUGGGACUGUAAGCUGCUUGAGGCUCUGUCUCGUUCUCUUUUGCAUCCCGAUGUGCAACAAGAUCAGGUAUGUAUUGGGCAAUCACCGCCAGCAUCUCCUCCUCCCCUGCCCCCACCACUCCCAGUGUCAAGGGAACAGGGCCAUGGCCAGCUGCAGACCUGGAGAAGAGAGCCCGGGCUGUGCGAAUCUUCAGGUUGGGAGAUGCAGGAAGAUGGUGGAUUCUCAGAUGUUCCCUCCUGAGGCUGCCUGGCCUCCGGGCCCCACCCCACCCACUAGACACCGGUAUGAUCCCCUGCCUGGACUUGGGCAUUGCUGGCCCCGCUGUGAGGACAAAUGAGGGUUUCAUAGCCGUUUUCUGUGGCCACACUAACAACAGGUGCAGAGGCGCUUUGUCUCUGCUUCUGAAAAUAGUGCCUGGAAGGAAGGAAGUGGUCAGGCCUAAUAAACAGUUUUAGCAAAAAUGUUAAGUCUGUCCAAGAACCUGGGUCAUGCCGUAGAAGGAUCAAGACAGGACAGUUCAGAGUUCACAUAGUCUGAAAAGAUUGUAUUCUGGAGUCCUCUGACCAAGUUUCUUCCUAAGAAAAGCAGCGUGCAUACUUCUGUUCCUCUGAGCAAGCUGCCCUUUGGAGGUUUGGUCAGUUUCUCCGUAUCUGCUUUAUAAACAUGUUCAGACAGAGAUUACUGGCUCUGUGGAAUGCAUUGUGCUGGGAUUGUGCAACUGCUGCUCCGUUAACCCCUUACGUGCACGGCUGGAGAGACACCACUGUCACAUAUAAUGGCCCGUGUGGCCAAACCAGUUGAUUUUAGAGACACAACUGUUUUUGCAGGUGCAAAAAAAAAUGUCCAGGGCAAUAGCAUCUCUUAAGUUUCAGUUUGGGUUGAGAAGAACGUUUUACAGUCUGAACACCCAGACAUACAUGCACAUGAAUCAUCGAGGAAAGUGGGCACCCAGGAUGUUCCAUCUGCCGGAAACAAUGGCCGUGUAUCUGAGAUGCUUUUAUUCUCCAAACGCUCUCCAGUGCUCCGUUCGAAGGCGUUGAUGUUUCAGAUCCACAAGUUAUGCUGGAACACACUGCCUGAAGUUUCCGGAUAAUGUUAGCAGCUAGAUGGGGGUGUGUUGCUUGUGGCUAGUGCUGCCUAAGCCUUUAUUCUUCCUUAGAAUUAGCCACACUGAUGCACAUCCUCUCCAGAGUUCACGCUCCCGUCUCCCAGUGUGUGAUCCUCUAAUGCUGUGGAUCUGGAGCUCUUCUUCACUGCUGUGGCGCCUUUUCUCUGGGAAACUCGUGUAUCAUGUUUUUAAUGUAACUUUGAAAUACAGAAGAGAUUUCACAGGCUCAACUCCAAAAUAUCCAGGGGACAUGCAAGUAGGAAUUUUAGUUAAAAAAAAAAAAAGCAAAAUAUAGCCCAAAGCCAUUGAUUGAAUUUGACCUGGUGGUUUCAAGGCUCCCGUAUAACAUGGCUGUGAUAUGGGAAGGGAACCACAGGCUGAUUCAACAGAUUUGUGUUUUAAAACUUUGAUUUCAAAGUUUUAAAGACUGAUUUAAAAUAAUGCAAUUCCAAGUGCCUUUUCUUAGCAGCUCAUGAAUUUAAUUAGGGUAACCAGUUGUCUUGGCUCACCCAAAACUGAGGGGGUUCCCAGGAUGUGAGAGCUUCAGUGCUAAAACUGGGAAGGCCUCGGGCAAACAGGGAGGAGUUGGUUGCUCUAAAUUUAAUGUCUAGAUACAUAGGAGAAAUGACAUUUUGUGUUCUUUGAGGAUUUUUUAAACCCUGGUGAAAGCUUCAUGAGGAGACAUUAUUGAGGGUAUAUAGUUGAUGAGUCUAUUACUAAUGCAUUAAUUUAAUGUAGUGUUUUGUUAAGAAAAGUAGAUUUUCUUCAUUCAACACUAUUUACUGAAUUCCUGCUAUUUGCUGGUACUGUUCUAACUGUUAAAGAGCUGUUACAGAAGUGAAUAAAACAAAGUCCUUGUUCUAAUGGAGUUUAAAUUCUGGUAGGGUGGACUCUCAACCAACAAAUAAAAAUAAUCUUUGGGUGACAAUAAAUGCUAUGGAGAAAAAAUAAAGCUGGAUAAGGAAGCUAGAGAGUGAUGGAGAUAUUCAAAGCUUUCAUUUUAGAGCUUAAAGGAUCAAUUGCAGGGUUGGCAGUUGCAGAAACCAGCAGUUAGAAGGAAAGAAGGAAAACAGCCUAUCAGCAGGGCUCAGUUGCAGGAAACAAAAACCACUCUAGCUAUUUUAAGCUGAAAGGCAUUGAAUAGAGAGCAGCAGGUGUUUACAGCUUGGUGGGAAGGCCUGGAGGAGCCAGUUUUCCAGGUGGCUUCCACCUCUGCCACCAUUGUCAAGGCAGGAACUCAGGACACUGGAAACCACUGGAAAUACUGACUGUGAGGACAUUUUUCUUUAGUUGAAAUCUGCUCAUCAGGAAGUUCCUGCCACCACUACCUCAUCUGUCUCUCGACACCCAUGAAAUUAGUGGCUAACCAUUGAGACACCACUUCAGAAUGUCCCAGCGUCUCCAUAAUCGUGUUUGCUGAUGAUUACAGCCAGAUCAGCAAGAAAGCGUCUCCUGCCUCCACUCUGACUUCCAUGUCUCUUGCAAGUGCAUAUCGUUGGUUGAACCUAACUCACAAUUGGUUGAACUAACUCCAGGCUGCAAGUAAGACUGGGAAAUUUGGUUUUAGAUUGCCAGCCUCUGCAGUAGAGGAAGGUGCACUAGAUGGAGGUGAGAAUGGUGCUGAUUGCCUACCUUCACACCUCGAGAAACCGCUCUGCCGAGAAUACCAAACGGAGUGAGAAACCCGGGUAAGAAUGUACAGAGAACAGCAUCUUCAUCCCAUAUUCUCCAGUGUGUAUGGGAUGGCAGCAUUAUGUAAUGAGAAGAGUAUGUAUUUUUGAAAUCAGAUAAACCUUGGUUUGUCUCACUCACUUGCUGAUGACUUUGGUCAAAUUUCUUAAUAUCCAGGGGAAGCAAUUUCUUCAUACAUAAAACCAGGGUAUUAACACCUUACUUGCAAGGUUGUUGUAAGAAGUAAGAUAAUGAUAUAAAAAUAUAGGGCAGAUUGUAGUCAAUUAUAUUUCCUUUCUGGACCAGUUUGCAUCAUAAUUCCCACCAGGUUCAUGGGAUGCAUGACAUUUUGACUCAGCCAUUUUGAAAAUGAAAAUAUUUCAACAUAUUUCUCAGAGCAUUGAGCUAUUAGGCCUUUGUGCUUUCCUGGUAUCUUCCUACCCUAUUCUAGAAUCUUACCCUAGCUCAUGGACAGAAUGAGGAGCUUGUGUGACAGGUGCUUUUUCAGAGCAUAACCUGUGCCAGGACUGAGGGCAGGGACACUCCUUCUGUGGCAUCUGUUUGCACAAAUAAACAUAGCAGCUGAGGAGCCUCCUGAGAAAAGAGCUAGAAGAUUGUGCAGAGACUGGAUCCUGGGAAGAGAAUCUAGCCUGAGGAUGUGACCAGCUAGGGCCAAUUAAACCUGAAUGGGGGUAGGAGCUGUUCUUGGUACAGUGUCCUGACUGUUGCUUGAGCCCAUAAAGACAUCUGAACUCCCGAGGUUGCAUAGGUUGGACUUUCAAGGUUAGCAUAGCUAGUAUAGUAUUAGUAUGACAUCGUGUGUACCUAUUGGUACCUUCCCAGGUUGGGAAGCCCUGGGACAUUCAAAUUACAACUGCACAAUAAAAACAGUUUUUUUUUCUCAUUGUGAAGUUAUCAUGAUGAUCUAAAAAUGUAUCUCUUUCAUUUCUUCAAGAAAUUCUCAAAAUUCCCUCUCUUGCUUCCAUCCUUUUCAUCACUGCCAACUCUGCAAAGAGUACCCCCCUUUUCUAUGUAGCUGAUUAUCCUCCAAAAGUAAUGCUUCUCUGAGGCUGCCACUUUUACUUCCACUGAAGCCCUCACAGAGAAUAAAUACCAUACUUACAUGCCCUUCCAGAGAGCCUCCUAAAGGGUGAACUUCAUCUGGCAAAAGAUAACUGGGGAAACUUCAGCAAAUGAGCUGAUAAUGAAAAUUUAAUGUAUUUAAUUAUAUAGCUAAGACUAAAAGGACAUGUUUGGAAUAAUAUUAAUAGCAUGUAAAUGUUACAUGUUCUGGCAAAGUGGAAAGAACACAACUAAAUAAUGUAGGAGAGGUGGCAAAACAGAAUAAGAUUAUUGACAAUUGUACAGGUAUUAGGUGUGAGUCAAAUUAUACCACUUGGAAAGAACAGGCAGUAAAGAGUUAAAAAGGGGAACAAAGGUAUUAUAAAAGUUGUAAAUUCUGAGGUAUCAAAAUGUUUCUGCAUCAAAACAACUAUGGAAAAAUAUUCUGAUCCAAUAUUAUUACUCUAAAAAAUGUCUCAAAGUUGCUCUUUCCAGGUCAGUUUUCCUAAAUAUACAGUGGGCCAAUUCAGUGAUUUGGAGGAGAAGGUAAGUAAAUGUUCACACAUCCCAAUCUGUGGAGGGGAUAAUGUGUGUCUAAAAAGAAAAUGGGUCUGUGUCUCAUUGGUUUGAUUUUGUUUGUAGUUAUAACAUUUCAUCUAUUUUGAGUUUUAUAAAACUGACAAUAGUGUAUGUGAUUUUUAUAAUGAUGAAGACAGAAGGUGGGUUUUAAAAGGUUAAGAAACACUAAUUUAAGGGAGUUUCCAGAAUAAUUGCAGUCAUCUGAAUUUGCACAUCUUCAUACAACACUUAAAUGCAACAGAAGCACAAGAAAACCACACAUGGCCCAUGCCUUUAACAUUAAUAGAAUAUAGAGAAUACCACACAUUUUAAAUCACCAAUAAGUAGAGAAAUAAACACCAUAUUCCAACAGAACUCCCAUCACUUGCUACUAUAAGCUGGGUAUGAGUGGAAGAGAGGAGACUUAAAACCUCCAGGAUAAAAGAGUAAAGAGGCAUGGAAGACUUAGAUGUAGUAUACACAAAGUCAACCCCAGAAAGAAUAAGCUUCAAUACUAAGUGACACAUUCAAAGCACAGAGGGAAGGGGUUUGAAAGUGAGGAGGACCAGAAGUAGCAGCUUCAAGGAAGCAUUGCUUCUUAAGGAGAAUCAGAUCAACGAAAAAGGGCUGGUGCCCCUUCUUGCAGUGAAAGAAGGACUUCAGAGAAAGAAGGACCUAAGAGGGAAACAUUGAGGAUGUUGCAGAAAUGAGAAAGAAAUAAGACAUGAUGGCUCCCUCCCAUCAGUAUCUGCUUUUGCACUGCACUGACAGGAGAGGGUAUUUUUGAAUUCGAAAUUCUAUCUAGAAAAUUCCUAAGAAAAGAAAAAAAAUCAACCUAACUCCAUAAAGAGCUACUAUUAUUUGGAAGAAAAAUGAGAAGCAUAAGAGUUUAAGUGAUAAAAAUUCCUCACCCAGUAUCAACCACAGAGCAGAAGAAAACAGUAACUCAGUAUUCCAAACAGAAGUAAUUAUGUUAAAAAAAAAAAAA